CCAGGUUUAACCAUAUCAGAACUGGAAGGAAUAUUUGCUCACGAGGUUGGACACUGGGUGAAACGUCACAACGAAAAGAACGAUAUUUUCGCCAGCAUUUUUUGCGAGCCCAUUUUAUUUGUGCUCGCGAUGUGGUCAAGAGAGCAAAAGAUGUUGUACCAAGCUUUUCAUUUCUCUCCUUCCGACAUUAGUAGUUUACCGUAUCCUCUCCUCCCUGGCCUCUUCAUCGGAGAACAAAUUAUCUGCAGAGUGCUGGACAAAACCAUUUAUUCCUUCUGGAACAGUGUGGGAUGCGCUAUGGAAAGAGAGGCAGACAUGUUUUCAGUUCCAAUUCGAUAUGCAGAAAAGCUGAAGACAGGAUUGGUUAAGUUGAAGAUGCUUGUUUUGGGUUAUCCGAGCACGGACCCUGUUUACUCGCUUUUUUAUGACCACCAUCCGUCCCUUGUCGAGAGAAUUCGAUCCAUUGAGCAGGAACAAGCCGCUACUCCAAAAUGAACAGGAGCAAUCUUCUGAAAACUAUUAAGGAGGAUACAAAUAUGUACCACCAUUAUCAUUGUCGACCAUUUAAAUAAAUGGCAUAUCUAGCCCUGAAAAAUUUCAAGUUGGAAUUUCCAACGCGUAAAUGUCCUGUAAUACUUAAAU